AUAUAGCCUAAAUAAACACUUGUUAACCGACAGAUAAAUUUACGUGACAUCUCACGUCCUAAUUUCAUUUAAGUGUAGGACUUAAAAGUCCAAAAGAAAACGUGAAUAAUGAGUUAUUUAGUGACUGCUUUAUGUGUUGUGGUGGUGAUCUGGGUGCUCAAGAAAUUUUGGCCCGACUUAAGACAAAGCUGUACCGCCACCCACCACUUCUGGUCCGCCACCCACCACUUCUGGUCGCCCGCAGGUACUUCGCAUCGUUCAUGAACUCCUUAACCCAGCACUCGGACGCAAAGGUGGAAGAAAUGAAGAAGGACGUGUUCUCUAAGCUGAGCACGGUGGUGUCCCACGACCCAGAGCUCAGGAAGCAUAAUGCUAUCAAGAUCCUCGAAAUUGGCGUCGGUACAGGGACGAACUUUGCUUACUAUCCUGAGGGGGCUCGUCUGGUUGUGGUGGACCCCAACCCACACUUCAAGGCCUACUAUGACAACAACAGGAAAAAGUUCCCCAACAUACACUCUGAAGAAAUCAUUGUCUCCACUGGUAAAUCUAGUCUUGUAUAAUACUUUGUGUGUAUUGA